UUCUAAGUACAUUCCUUCAUACAACAGAAGAUGAAGAUUUUUGUGCUUGUGUCGCUUUUUGCAGUAGGGUAUUGCCACAUCUGUCUCCUUAGUCCUCCCCAGAGAGGUACCAUGACGGGGAUUAAUUCUCCCGGGGCUAAGGACUGUAUCCUGACCACAGCCCCGUGCGGAGGACGCCAGCCAACGCGUGACGCUACCUUCUACGGACGCGGCGAAAACAUCACCGUUACAUUCAUGAAGAACUUGGACCAUUACAACAAAACAAGUCCUGGAAAGUUCGUGAUUUCUCUUAGUGAGCGUGAAGGUACCACUCCAAAAGUCUUGGCCACUGUUCCUGACGGAGGUGAACCCUCUCUCCAUAUCUACACGGUGAAAGUUCGCGCCCCAAUGGAACCACCUAACACCAUGCAUUACCUGCAGGUUACUUACGAACCUAACAACGCCCAGGCGCCCAAAACAUUUUACCAGUGCGCAGACGUAGGAUUCGAACCUAGGAAUGGAUCCGAGUGAACGUUUUGACAAUCAAGUUCUAUUGUUUAUAUAUUUAAAUAUUUGCCAAAUGCAAUGUGACAUGUUUUUCUUAACGCUGUAAAAAUAGUAGUAAUUAUUGUGACUUUAAUAUUCUGGUAUUAUAGAAUAGAACAUAAAA